AUGUCUCCGCCGGAGCAGUCCACAACUUCAUCUAGCCAGCCGGUCUUAGACGAGACGCUGUCUAACAAGUCCAAUGUCGAGUUGAUGUCUGCUCAGGACCCUGCGGCAGGGACGCCUGAAACCUCCGAUAAUCAUAGUCAUGGAUCGAGCUCCAGGGAAAAAGCCGGAAAGGAGGACAGUUUGAUCGAUCUCAGUGAUCAGGCAGCUGACGUUCCAUCACACGAUCAUAAGGCUGAUGCUGCUGAGCAAGGUCCCUCAGGAAAGCUUAAGGAAAAGCAAGCCGCCGAUGAUUAUCAAGCUCCUAGCGGUUACUUGAACACUCAUGCCUCAACAGCAGGCAAAAUCAACCCUAUUGCACUACCCUCGUCGAACGAUGCUACUACACAAUACCUCACCGCCGAACCAUCCACUUAUGUUGACCCCACGCCUGCGACCCCAAUAACCUCUCAGCCACCUUCGCGGACCCCUUCAAAUGCUGCGCGUUCCCAUGUCUCUGGAGACUCUACCCCUCCCAAAUCAGACGCAGAGUUUGAUGAGAGACGAUAUGUAAGUGAAGAUGAGCACGAAGGCGCUUCACAGUCCGAAAUUCAGAGCAUCAUGGAGCAGUUUAGCGAGUUUGGUGGUGGUCCCGGCGAAGAAGAAGUCAUGAGUCCCAGACUGGAGAUUGCCUCGCCGAUGCUGGGUCAUCCUGUUCAACAUCCUCCUCGAAAGUCUAGUCUGGAACCUCUUGUGCCUACACUCUCUGGUCAGAUGCAGGGCCUACACAUCUCCACGGGUUCCCCUCCAGCUGAGACCCCAAACAACACUGGUGCCGAGGAUCUGGGGCCACCUGUCCCACCCAAGGAUGGUGUCCAUGGAACACCUCCACGUCCUAAAAUAGAGCGGAACAUGAGCGUUGCUUCUCCAAACUCGCCAGCGCAAUCGCACCGGCCUCCUCCUCCUGAGCCAGAGCCCGAGCCCACUCAACCAUUCGAUUUCCACCGGUUUCUUGAGCAAUUGCGAAACAAGAAGGCAGAUCCUGUGGCAAGGUACCUCAAGUCUUUCCUCUCAGAGUUUGGCAAACGGCAAUGGAUGGUGCAUGAGCAAGUCAAGAUUAUAGGGGACUUCCUGGCCUUUAUUGCCAACAAGAUGGCACAAUGUGAGGUCUGGAGGGAUGUAUCCGACGCGGAGUUCGAUAAUGCUCGUGAGGGGAUGGAAAAGCUAGUCAUGAACAGACUGUAUACUCAGACAUUUUCACCUGCUAUUCAAGCGCCCAAACCGAUCCCUGGGGCGAAGCCGAAGCGCAAGGGCGGCGAUAUACCUCUUGGCCCCGGUAGGCGAGGCCAACACCAAGAGGAUGUUGAGAGAGAUGACAUUGUUAGACAGAAGAUGAGCAUUUAUGGCUGGGUGAGGGAAGAACAUUUGGACAUUCCGCCAGUCGGUGAUAGUGGACGCCGGUUUUUGAAACUAGCCCAGCAAGAGCUGCUGAAAAUAAAAUCCUACAGAGCACCGCGAGACAAGAUCAUCUGUGUGUUGAACUGUUGCAAGGUGAUCUUUGGUUUAUUAAAACAUAACAAGUCUGAUUCCUCAGCUGACUCCUUCAUGCCCCUACUUAUCUAUGUUGUACUGCAAUCAAAUCCAGAGCACCUAGUGUCUAAUGUGCAAUACAUCUUACGCUUCAGGAAUCAGGAAAAGCUCGGGGGUGAAGCAGGCUACUACUUGUCCUCGUUGAUGGGUGCUGUUCAAUUCAUUGAAAAUAUGGAUAGAACUACUCUAACGAUUACUGAUGAGGAGUUUGAGAAGCAUGUGGAAGAGGCAGUCUCAGCAAUUGCUGAAAAGCAUGCUCAAUCACCUCCAGCCACCCAACAGCCAGUGUUCAACGAGAAGUCUGGGCCUCUUCCCGGAGAAACUUCUGCUCGUCCUUCUUUUGACGGACCACGCACUUCAACUUCGAAUGACGAGUAUACGGGUGACGAGAAAGCUGCCAUCACUGGUCUUCUCAAGACCAUACAAAAACCUCUUUCCAGCAUUGGGAGAAUGUUCUCUGACGACCCGGGCCCUUCUAUGGAUCCCGGGCCCAGUAGUGCGCCUCGGACACCAGCGCCACCGGAGCGCCUCAGCCGUGAGGAGCCUCGCGAACAUCAACAAGUACCUUCAAAACAUGCAUUAUCUGCUGAGGAGGCUGCCGCACGGCAGGCGAGCGCCGAAGCAGCCGAGGCUCAGCGACUUUCCCGUGCAGAGCAUGCAAAUGUUGUCGAAACAUUAGCAGGCAUGUUCCCAGACUUGGACAAGGAUGUUAUAAGUGAUGUCGUUUAUGAGAAGGAGGGCAGGUAA